AUGACUAUCAGCUCAGAAGAACCUGAAGAAAGAGAGAUUCCUAGCCAUUUGUAUUAUUUAGAGGAGAGUGUCAAUUUACGAAAGCUUCGAAAACUAGACCUAAUAGAUAUCCUGCUUCAGAACGGCAUUGAACAUGAUCCUAAUAUGGGAAGAAACAAGCUAUUGAGGUUAUUCAAUAGUAGAAUAUAUGCUAACCGGUUACAGCUCCUGAAUGAAUACUGGCAAUCUUUAGCACAACCUGAAACAGGGAGUGAUUCUUCUAGCCUUUACUUUGAUGCAACUGAUCGAUCUUUCACACAAACUGAAACAGAGAGUGAUUCUUCUAAUCCUUAUCUUGAUGCAAACGACCACUUCAGCACUGAUUCAUCGCGUUUAUCUCCUGCAUUGAAUUCAACGCACCACACAUCCCACAGCUCGCUUGAAGCUGAUUUGCCUGAUAUGUCACAUUAUAGUCGAUCGUCGCCAGCUCCCACCACAGAACCUCAGGUUGGCUCUCAGGCUAUUGAAUCAGGCUCCUCUCAGGUAUCACCAAGCACCAGCUAUGGCUAUUUAGCUCCUAAGCCGUUUUAUCAUCAAGCGUCUUACCUUAGACGACCCCUAUUUAGUGAAAUCCUGCCAGAAAUCCCUGAAGACGACCCUUUAGCUAUUAGCAGAAGGUCGGAGCUUCCCGUUGCUACCGAACUUUUUGGCACAUGGAUACCUCGGCCACUAGCAAGCGACAGCCGAGGUUUUGCUGCUUAUAGGCCUCGCUGGCGUCCUGAUGUAUCUGCUUUCCCGAAUAUAUUUAAUCCUAGGCGGUGUUUUCCUAACACAAUAUCACCACCCCAAGAUUAUGAUUCUAGCCUUGGGUAUAUGGCAAGGCCGCGUGGCCCAUUUGACUUUGGCAUUGCAUCCUCAGGUUCAUUCCAGGCAUCACCAAUCAACAAACACAAUAUUGCUGCUCUUCAACGGUUCUCUCAUCGUCUAGCAGUCGCAGAUUUUCCUAGAGUAACUGAUGACAGAGAGCCAUCCGGAUAUGGUAACCUUCCGUCCGUCAUUGAAGAUUUCGAGCUACCCACUGGUUCUUUGUUCAAAUAUUUCAUUAGAGGGAUCUUCAGAGAGUUCAUCUUUUUCUUGCUUAGAAACUUUGUACCCACUCUCUUGACGCUCAUGGUCUAUGGUUCAAUGUAUAUGGGCAUGGAAAUCACGCGCUUCAUCUCAACCGAACAGCCAGAGAUUGAUCUCUUGUUGGUACCUAUUGUCUUGUUCCUCUUUACUGCUACUGUUACUGAACUAUGGAAAAUGUAUAAUGACUUUAUCAAAAGGCGUACUCGUCAAAGGCUUAUCAAUGCAGUGGUGGACAGGAUUCUUGAUGAACUCAAGCGUAAAUGCGCUCUCUGGGAGAGACGUUCGUUUUUCCAUCCUCAUUCGUCGCUACCUAUCAGGCACUUUUAUAAUCAUUUUAUUCAAGCCUAUCCAGACCAGGUUAAUCUUUGGGAAGAGGUGUUCAAUGCUAUUGAAAAUCAUCGGGAUGUUACGACUAUUAGAAGAUUAGAGGAUGGAGAAGAGGUUGAUGCUUGGGACUAUAGGCCAUAUGUGCUGAAUUUUAUGUAA